AUGAAGCGUUCAUUUGUUGAUGCUCAAGGGGAGCAAAACCGAAGUUUCGUCCGAAAGAAGCCUCACGGAUUGAGUGAGGGCAAUCAGCAUGGAAAACAAUGCGAUAUAAUAACAAGGCUUCCACUGGAGCUCGUUGAAAUAAUAUUUAAGAAGGGAAAUUUAUCACGACAAGAUAUUAUCAAUAUUUCAAUGACUUCCAGUUCACAUAGGGCACGCUUUUUUAUGCUGGUGUUUCAGAGCAUAAAGAUUACAUGGGGAGAUUUUGAACGUUUUGACAAGACAUUUAAACACAAAGAUUUGAUUCGUCACGUUAGAAUCUAUAGUGAUUUGUCGGACAUCAAAAAGACAACAUUUGGGGAGUGGAAUAUUUCUAUGCGUAACUUGUUGUUAGAAUGCACAAAUUUAUGGAAAAUGAUCAUUGAAGUUAUGACUUCCGCCCGUUGUCUUAAGUACCAAGACAAAUUUGAUGUCGAUUUAUCAGAUAAAAUAACCAGUUUAACUUUGAUUAGUCAUGCGAAUGAGGCUGCUGACGAAUCUCUUUUUGAGCUUUCACAGCUUCAGAAAUUUCAUAAUCUGAGUGAAUUAAAAUUGAACGGCUUUUUUAUUAAUAAAGACCAAUAUUUUUACCCCAAAUUUAAACCAGACUUAUCUGACUAUGCAGUGCGCUGUUUAGAUGGAAAGGUGCUUAAUUUAAAGCAUCUCAAGCUUGUGAACUGUCGAUGGGAACAUCCAUCAAAUUUAAGUGAUAUUUUUAGUCCCAACUAUCCAUCUCCAAAUCCUGUGCUAAUUUGCGGAAGAGAGAAAGAGAAAUUUACUGCACCAUCCAGUAUUUCGAUCUUUUACAGUGAAGAAUCAGCACCUUUUGUAGUGAGUGAAAGGUUUCGCAAUUUCGUUAAUAAUGAUAACGAUGAACAAUUUCUUUUUCAAACACAAUUCUAUAGCAGAUUAAAGCAAUUGUCGAUUGUCAUAUUAAACAGGAAGGAGCUGACAAAUCCGGAAAGAUAUGAUUACUAUUAUCCAUGGAUUGGACAACUUGGAUUCCGGCGGAAAUUUCAUGUGCAUUCAGAUGCGUCAGGGGAAAUUGAAUGCCGCUCAAUACUUACAUCCUUAGAAAGGCUAACACUUGUGGGCUGGAGAUUGUCUAAUUUAAGUGAACUCGAGAAGGCAUUUAAAACGGACGGUGGAAUGAAAUAUAACAUGAAACACAUCACACUUUAUAUCAUGCCGGUUACUGGUAGCGGGGCAGAAAACAGAAAUGAGGAAGAACUAAAAGGCAUAAAGAAACGUCUAGAAGAAAUUUUCAAUGCUCCCGGAAUUAACAACAAUCAUUGUACCAUGGAUAUCGGCUACGCUUAUGAUUGUUUAAAAGAUCAUCGUUAUGAUCAAGAAUUUUCAAAAUACAAUUGA